AUGUCGAACACUCUUGUUAUGACAAGCUCCGACGGCGUCGACAUCUCUGUCGAACGUUCCGUUGCCGAGCGCUCCCUCCUCAUCAAAAACAUGCUGGAGGAUCUUGGUGAAACUGGGGAAUCUAUUCCCAUUCCCAAUGUCAACGAGGCUGUUCUGAGAAAGGUCAUCGAGUGGUGUACUCACCACAAGGAAGAUCCCCCCAGCACCGGUGACGACGAUGAUUCUCGCCGCAAGACCACCGACAUUGAUGAGUGGGACCAGAAGUUUAUGCAGGUCGACCAGGAGAUGCUAUUCGAGAUUAUCUUGGCUGCCAACUACCUAGAUAUCAAGGGUCUCUUGGAUGUGGGCUGCAAGACUGUUGCAAACAUGAUCAAGGGCAAGUCCCCCGAGGAGAUUCGCAAGACCUUCAACAUCCAGAAUGAUUUCACUCCAGAAGAAGAGGACCAAAUCCGUCGCGAGAACGAAUGGGCAGAGGACCGCUAA